AAGCCUGCAGAACGGAACAGAGGGUAAGAGUCACAGGACGGAGAGAAAGUGAAGGCGCUUAGUUUCGACACGGCCGCCGAUCUAAUCCACCCCUGCAGUUGGUAUCGACCGCUCAGCCUGCUGAGGUGUGCCAUGUCUACAGAGCUGGAGCUGUCCUUUCGCCUGGACAACGAGCUGACGGAGGUGAUGCGCCUGCGGGUUCAGUCCCUGCAGCAGCGAGGCCAGAAGAGGCAGGACGGCGAGCGCCUGCUGCAGGCCAACGAGGCCGUCUACCGGCUGGACUUCUCCAAACAAACGCUCCGAUUCUCGCGCUGGACGGUGAAGCUGGCCCAGGCGGGGCGCCUGACCAUCACCGCCACCUCGCAGCUCUGGACGCCCGACCUCACCCACCUCAUGACCCGUCAGCUGCUGGAGCCCGUCGGGGUUUUCUGGAGCACGGCGGCCGACGCCCCCGUCCAGUGCUACGAGGCCGACGCGCACGAGUUCGGCGAGAGGAUCGCGGAGUUGGCCAAGGUAAGGAAGGUGAUGUACUUCCUGUUUGCGUUUGCGGAAGGCUGCAACCCCGAGAACGUUGAGUGCUCCAUCACCUUCACUGUGGACAGCUGAGAUUUGGAAAUCCAAACUCUGGCAGAUGCUACAAACUUGUCUUCUUUGCUUUAUAGUUUUAGUUACUUUCAUUUUUUUGUACGAAUUGUUGCCGUCAAUUGUCAGCAAAUGUCAAAAAUUACUGAGGAACACCUACAACUAAGCCUGUUUAUCUGUGUAUCUUAUGGUGCUGAGCAUCGGUGCAACUAAAUCCUAAUAAAUGCAAUUAU